GAAUUCGUAGGUGUGGGUGUCAGCCACUAAUAAAGUAGAUUUCAGUCAACGAUCCUUCCAGCCGUAGUUAUUAACAAUUGCUUAAGGAACAUAAUAAUUUGAACUGCUAAUCCAUCAAAAGAACACGAGGGAUCAACGACUCGCGUUUGCAGUCCGUCUGCGUACUAAUUUCUCGAAUCCUCCUCCCCCACGAAGAAGAAGAAGAAGAAGAAGAAGAAGGUUGAGUUGAGGAAUAGCUAUGUGGAAGAAGAGCUACUUAGCGAUGAAGAUCGACGGAGGAAGCAGCAGCUUCGGCAGCGAAUUAAUCGCUUCCGAUUUCAAAGAGCUGACUGCGGCGGCAAAGAAGCUCGCCAUUCAUGUUGGCAUCGUCGCCGGUUUCGGAACCUCUUUUCUCGAGUGUCUCUCUGCUAUUGCUGCCAUCUAUCUGCUGGUAUUGGAUCGAACGAAUUGGAAGACAAACAUUCUCACUGCGCUACUCAUUCCUUACAUCUUCUUCACCCUCCCUUCCUUCCUCUUCAGCUUCAUACGAGGCGAGUUUGGGAAAUGGGUUGCAAUCAUGACACUUCUACUCCGCCUUCUCUUCCCCAGCCGAUUCCCAGAUUGGCUUGACAUGCCGGGUUCUCUGGUUCUGCUAAUAGUGGUGGCGCCUAGUUUAUUCGCUUCAACACUGAGGGACAACUGGAUUGGAGUGGCGAUAUGUAUGCUCAUUGCUUGCUACCUGCUGCAAGAACACAUUAGAGCAUCUGGUGGGUUCAGAAACUCAUUCACCAAGGCCAAUGGUAUUUCCAACACCGUCGGGAUAAUCCUCCUCUUCUUUUAUCCUGCCUGGGCUUUGUGAUGCCUGUAUGCCUAAAAGAAAUUGCCAUAUUUAUCGCGUAGUUUCCAUUAAUCGAUUAGAGUUAGAUAGUUAUAUAAACUCUUAAAAUUUCAUUCGACCGUUAUUAUGCGAAGCAUAAACCGAAAAUUAAUAGUUCUUCUUUGUAGCUUAAUCCAGAAGUAGACUAGUUAUUCAUCACUUUGAUUGUUGACGUAGCACGAUUCGAUCAUGAUGAAACCCACCUUUCCACUUACUCUUACUAUGUGAAAAACCGCCAUUGAAUUGAGAUUGAAACGCAUGCAUUGCUUUUAAUUUUAUUGAGCAGACGUGGCUUUCUUCUUUGCUUGUAAGCCUAGUCCAGCAGAGUGCUGCAGAUUCAUUUGUUG